UUCGAGCCAUGCAUCAUCACCACCAUCAUCAUCCAGAUGAUCAUGACGCCGAAUGCCUGUGCAGCGUGUAGUGACCAGAGGCCAGCCCCGGCUUGACUCUUCGCCCAGCUGCUGAAAUGGAAACCGAUCCGCGUGUCCACGUGUUUGUGUCAUUUCCAUGUAAUUUGCAUAUGUAAACUGGCCUCGCCUAUUGCUCCGCGGCUGCACCGAAUGGACGAGGCGAUUCGUCGGCAGGGGCCAGGCGCAGCGGCGAAUGGGAGAGCCGCAGCGCGCCGGUCCCGCCCUCUCAGACACGUUGCUUCGGGAGAAGCAACACGGGGUUGAUCACUGGCUGUGGCUGCUGCCUCACCGCUCACACGCCGCACACGUCCCUCACAUCAGCUGCUCCUCUCUGCCCGACGCUCCUGCCGGAUUCACAGUUUGAACAAAGGAGGAGAGGGGACACGACCGGCCGCCGCAUCCCGGGAAGGUCAGUGAUGGUCAGUGCUGGUUAGAGCCUGCAGCUGAGGAUGUCUGCUACCGAUUCGGACAACUCCAUCGACUGGCUGGCCAGUGACACAGAAGAAAAUGAGAGCGAGCAAGAGCCGGACUGCACCGCCAGGCACAGCCAGAGAGAGGCUCCCCUGUCUGAGAGCAGCAGCAAGCCGAGCGAGGACAACUGGUGCGAGGUCUCUGGUAGCAGGGGAUCUCCCGGUGGCACUGCGAGAUCGGACAGAGACUCCGGCAAUGGACUGUGCAAAUCGCAGCACGGAGAAAAGGCAAACGGCAAGAACACUCAACCGGUGAAAAGACCUCACAGCUCCACAGGAGAGCAGUGCAAGGAGCGGCAGCUAAUAUCCAACGCAUUGGAGAAAGAUCAAGUUUUUAUCAACAAGUGCAUGGAGCUACAAUGCUACAUCCAUCCGCUGUCAUCAAUCUUGAAUGGCCUUCGUUCAGGGAGAUACAAAGAAAGGCUCAGCAGUUUCCAGGAGAGUGUGGCUAUGGACAGGAUUCAAAGGAUCAUGGGUGUUCUGCAGAACCCCUUCAUGGGAGAGAAAUAUGUUGAUAUCAUUCUGAAAAUGGAGGCGAUGCUGAAGAGCUGGUUCCCUCAUGUGAAACUCCAAGAACAACUCGCCGCCACACAGACAGAGGGACUUGUGCCCAGUAAAAGACUUAAGUUAUCUCCAAUGACGACAUCUGCAGCUGGGAGCUCCGUCUUUCGCAGCGAUCCUCCAACCGGCACCAAAGCUCUAAGGGUCACGGACCUGACUCCGCCCGAGGCCUACUCCGCCAACAACCUGAAGUGGCUCCACACGUCGCCUAUCUGCUCCCCCACAGCCGAGGAGGCCCAGGCUGGUCCCAGGCACCCGCUGUUGCCCAGAGACAAAGACCUUACGCAAGACAGUGCUGUUUCCUCCAGCACAGACGGCCAUGCUAAAACAGACUCUGUGCCCCGAGGCCCGCCGCCAGGCAAAAUCAACGCCCCCUGCCUGGAACGGCUCCUUAAAUCCACAGACAGCAUCAUCACACGCAAGGAGACUGGGGGUUUGAUGGGCAGCAGCUGGUCCUAGUCCAAACACAAGGGGGGCUGGGGCGUCCGGACGCAACGUGGCGUUCGACCUAGCCUCGCCUUGCCCCCAUCCUGCUCAGAGCCAGUCAGCCAGCUUCGCUCAUUCCAACCUUCAGGAUUGCGUUCAAAACAACAAACAAAAAAAAAAGGGACGUCGCAGAUUCCUCUUCAGCACGGAGCGGGUGUCGACGAACACGCUGCUGUCUCUGACACGACGAGCGUCCGCCUUCAUUUCCCGUUUUCUGUUGACUUAUCCUCGUUUCUCUAGUUUGCAUUCUCGAGUUGCGUGUGUGUGUGUGUGGGUGCGCGCGCGCGUGCGUGUGUGUGUGUGUGUGUGAGCGUCCAAAGGCUAGUCGACACGUGCGCUGAUAACCGAAGCAAGUAUUGUCAGAACUGGAGUCUUCCCGCCGGCUCCCGGGUUCAGUGAUACAAGUUUACACCAAUCUGCUGUUUUGCUUGGUAGGGAAGAUACGUCUUAGCUGGUAGGAAGGAUUUUCACAUAUUCAUACGUGGUCUACAUAUUGUGCUGAAAAUGUGGCUGAAAUGUGAUGGUAGAGACCCCUCUUAGCCCCCCUCCCGCCUCCCGCCCCGCCUCCCAGUGACUCCACUCUUAGGUUUAUUGAUGUGACUGUUACUCAUUUCUACUCUUCAUCGAUAAAUCCUUUUUGGUACAACUGUUCUACCUCAUCGAGCACCACGUCACGGCUAGUGAGUUGGGAUGUGACCACUUUGCUCAGAGUCUGGACCCCCUGAUCAGAUCUGCGGUGAGCCAAACGGCCUCCGACGGCGAGGCCGUGCAGUACAAACAGAGGAUGCUCUCUCUCUCUUUCUCUCUCUCUCUCUCUCUCUCUCUUUCUCUGGCUCUUUCUCUCCCUGUGGCCUGACUGGUGCCAUUGUAAAGAAUGUCAACUGAAGAGUUGUUUUUUCUGAGUCUCCCAGAAGAAGGCAAACAGUGCCUGCAAAGUCAAGCUGUGCCUGUGAGCUGGUUUGAUUAAAAAAGAAAAAAAAAGGAAAAGACGAAUAGAGAAGCGUUUAUAUUACCUGCACCUCUGUGGGAUGUGUGGAAUCAGGAAUUGUCACUCUCCUGCCAUUUUCCUGUACGAGUAAAUUAUUGCCAACUACUAGCUGUGGUGGAGUAGAACAACUAUCAUUUUGUUUUGCCACAGAACUAGACGGUGUGUUAGACCACCUGAGAGGGACAAGCGACGUGUCUGUGUAAAUCUUACUUCGAAGGUUGUCGAUUUACCCUGAAAAGUGGCCUUUAUAGUGUGAAAUUUUAUACUUUCUAAAUAAAUGUGGUUAUAUUUGUUUGAUGCAAA